GAUGCUCGCCCUCCUGGCGGCAGUCCUGGCGUUUCUCUUCUACGCCAAGCGCGUCCGGUCGCCGCUGGCGUGCGUGACCCCCGAGUGCACAGCGGCGCGCGAUUACCUGAACCGGCUGAUCAACACCAGUAAGGACGUGUGCAGCGACUUCUACGGUUACGUCUGCGACUCCUGGCUGGAGCGACGCAAGGACGGCGGGAGCUUUCGCCGGGACAACAUCGCCGCGUGGCUGGCCAAGAUCAACGAGUCUCUGAUGCGUGACGUCGGCUGGGAAGGAGACAACACUGGGGAACAAGGCGAAAUCCGUAUCAUGCGUCACGUCUACGGGAAUUGCCACCGUUACGUGUCGAACAACUCGACAGCGCUGUCGUUCGAGGCCACACUGGAGUCUGCGCGAAAGCAGCUGAACUGGAACCAGGUUCGCAGCGCCCAAAGCUACAACGAACUCGUCUCGCAUCUCGUGCGAGCUGCGAUCCUCUCGGGAUGCCAAACAAUAAUGACCGUGGAGACGUUCAACGACCACGACCACUUGGUGCUCAGGCUCUCCCGUGGUCGCUCUCUCCUGCGCAAGCUCACCACGACGGGCAACAGUGAGGACUUGAAGAAGGCCCUGCAACACGUGCUCAAGGACGACAGCUCCAACAUCCUUGAAGUCGACCUUAUCGUCGACGCCGACCUUGAUGGUGACCGUCCAAAGAAGGACAAGACGAGCAGGAAGCGGUCAGACCUCUAAGUGAAAUUCUAGAUGGCAUCUUUCCUCAGGUGACAGUUGCGGACUGGGUCAAGGUGCUUAACGCCGUGCUGCGUUCCGUCGGCAAGCGUGUCCAUUCCACUGACGCCGCUUU